CCAAGAGAAGAAUAGCAAUUUAGACGUAGAAGAGUUGCGUGCCUUGCUGCCGGAGGUGCUGUACCUGUCGCAACACACGGAAGAGUGUGAGGGAGGAACCUCAAAGCCUGUCAAGACAAAGCCAAAGCCAGCAGAAGGCCUUCGAAAUAAAUGCCAGAGAUGAUGGACACCACAGCUACCUCUUCAUAUCACUCUACGUCUUGUUAGGCAUGUGGGGAUUUUUCAUGGUGGAACGUAUCAUUAAGAUAACAGUCACGCACCAAGCUUUAAAGGAAGAACAAAAUAAGUUUCCAAUCUCAGCAUCAGACCAAGUCAUCCUUUGCGAAAAUGGAGGAUGUGAACUUCAGAGUAACAACAUGAAGAAUGGAGACUUGAAAAACCACAAGCCUUCUGGACCUGUGAAAUCUGAGAGCUUUGAGAGCACAGAUGCUAUCCCUCCAUCAAAAGUUUGUAGUUCAAGAGAUGUUGAACUCAUUUAUGCAUCUCAGGAACAGGCUAUAAAGGCUUCCUUUGGUCAUAAAGAGCGUCCCAUUACACAAGGCCACAAUCACAAUUUAGAGUUCCGACAAGGGAAGGACUCGGUCAUUAAGACUGUGGCUUGGAUGAUCAUAUUUGGGGAUGGGUUCCAUAACUUUAUUGAUGGAGUGUCUAUCGGAGCUGCAUUCUCAGAGUCCAUAUUGACUGGUAUAUCAAUAAGCCUGGCUGUGAUGUGUGAAGAAUUGCCGCAUGAACUAGGUGACUUUGCAGUCCUCCUGAAUGCGGGUAUGACCAUGAAGCAAGCAGUUGCAUACAACUUUCUUUCAGCAACAACCUGUUAUUUGGGUCUCGUUCUGGGAAUAGUCCUUGGGGAAUUUACCCAGAAUUCAACAGCUAUAUUUGCCUUAGCUGCUGGCAUGUUUUUGUACAUUGCCCUUGUAGAUAUGGUGCCUGAGAUGAAUGAAGUUGCAGGGAAAGCAGCAGAGGGUAGCUGGAAGUCUGCAGUUUGCAUUCUCUUCCUCCAGAAUGUGGGGAUCUUCCUUGGCAUUGCAUCACUCUUCCUACUAGCAUAUUUCCAGGACUCUUUGAUAAUAACAUAAGAAAAGCUUGAUUGAAAGUUUCAGAUUGGUGUUUUUUGUCAGUAUGAAAAUUAUAUGCAUUUAAUAAGCUUAAAUGAAUGUGUGAGUGUGCCAGGAAGUGUAGAGUACAAGAUGUUUGUGUAAGUUUUUAAUAUAAUGUCUGAUUGGGGGGGAGGGGGGUAGACACUGGAAUUUUGCAAAAUUUGUAAUAGAUAUAAAUGUAUUUAUUUAUUAAGCAAUGACACUAAGAUACUUUUCAUCAAAGUUCAUGAUAUAAUAAAUGAGAGUACAGUGAUAUAUGUUAGGCCUUAUUCACUGUUUCAUAUCUACAUUUUAUGUAUAUAAUGAUAUAAAUAUUUGUUUAAGUAGUACUGUAGAUUUAAUGCAAUACUAUAUUGGUAUGUAGCAUGUACAUUGCAAUUUUCCAUGUAGAAAAAAAUGUUGAUCUACAAGCUCUUUCACCAUUACAGGUAGUUUAGGUUUUGUAGGUAAACUUGUUAUACAUGUUUUUAUGUUUGAAUAUGCUCGAAGGAAAUUUUGAAAUGUAAUAAUUGUGCUCCAUAUUUAUUUUAAGAUAUACAGUGUCUGAAGUAUGGUGUGAUCUCUCAAAGAAAUGUAUCAAUAUUUUACAGUAUGUAGGUGUAAGAAAAGCGUGCAAUACUUUUUUAUUCAUAUAAUUUUCAUAUGAUUACGUACAACACUGCUAGUCACAUCCAGUAGUCUCGUAAAAUCAGCAAUAUUCUCAAUGAGUUAGGGACGUGAAUAGAAGAGAUCUGUGUUUUGGAUCUUACUACAUUUGCAAGUAAGGUCUGCUAUCAAUAUUUUCUACAGUAACUGAGGUUCUUGUUAUAAAGUUUGAAAAGUUCAGAUAUGUAAAUACUUAUUUUGUAAGUUGUUGUGGUAAAAGUUGGUUUUGACCUCUUAGCGCUCUCUCAUGUAGAAGGUGUGGGGAUCAGCAAGAGAAAUGUCUUCUGGAAGAAGUACAAAUAAGUAUUUUCAAAUUUAUGAUUAAGGUUGAAUUUAAUAAGGUCUGUUUAAAGCCAUCCUUGACUCUCUGUGUAGAGUUGUCCUGACUUUGUCAUUUUAUCAGAAUUUAUGAAGAGGGGCAAUUGGGUACAGUGUAUACAGUAAAAGUAAAAGUUAGGGUGCUUUUCCAGGACAAGUGUAGUCUGGUAUCAAUUUAUAAUGUUAAAUCUUACUAAAUUACUGAUCAUUUCAUUCAUGACUGGUGGUAGACGUGUAAGUACAUAGCCACGAAGUCUUAAAAGAAUUCUGACUAAAAUUCUGUCUCAAGAACCAGGUUAAAAUAAUUUUGAAUAAGGAGCUUCAAGACUACAGACAUGAGAGCAGACUUUUUUGUUGUUGACUCUAAUUUUGUAAGAAACAUAUCAAAGUAUUAAAGCUUUGUGGUAGAAAUGGUGGGAAAAAAAUCAGUAGCAAGAAAUAUAGACAGUUGUUUAGAGGGAUUGUUUGAAUGAAAUAAUUUGUAUUUAGAGAUACUCAUAACUCAUUGUAAACACACAAAAACUUUUAUACAUACACACAAUAUAUGCUUUUAAAAAAUGCAUUUUUUUCAUAUUUCAGACUUUGUUCUGAAACCCUUUAAGAUCUCAGUGUUUUUUCUUAACCCAAUGCCAACAAGGAUGGCAUGCAUGUAAAUUUCAUGCCCAUUGUGAGAUUAUAGUUAAGUAAUUGUGUUUUCUCGUAGAUGGAUCUGCAGGUCUCAAAGAUGGCUCCAUAAGUGUUUAGUUACCAAAGUGUCUAUUACCAGGCUUAUUUAGUUCACCUGUUUACCCUUUUCCAUGAUUUUCAAUAAUAAUAUUAUUAUUAUUUCUUGUUUUUAAGUACUAUUUGGAUUGUUAAUACCUUUAUGAAAAUUUGAAUGCCAGUGAUUAUAAGGAUAGUGACAAUAUUAAUAACAUCAGGAAAAAAAAAAAUCAAGGAAAGCGGAAAUCAGGUCACGUAGGCCUACUAGUGGACUCCUUGUUGGCUGAGCACCUGUGGAGCCCUCUAUGUGUAAAAAAAAAAAAAAUCACAGAGUAUAUCUACAGUGGACCUCACAUGUUCCCAACAGCAUUGGGUUAAGACUAUUGCUCAUAUUCAGAGACACUUGGGACACCUUAGACGGAGAGCUGAACUGGCAUCUCGUCCAUCAGUCAGUCAUGAGGUGAUUUGCCACUGGAUGCAAGAUGCUGGUCUGCCUCAUAUUCAAGUGUCUCUGAUUAUGAGUACAUAUGUGACCACACAAACUAGCAUAGGAUUUGAAAAGUGUAUAAUUCUUAAAGGCAAAUAGUGCAUUUUUUUCUACAUUCUCACUUGUUAUAUGUUGUUAGAUAUAAUGUGUCAGGUUACCAGCCGACACACAUUCUGGAAGAAGUUGGGUCAGUAUUAACAUGAGUACCAAAAGAGAUCACCGAAGAGACAAAUUUCUUUUUUAUUCAGAAAAUUAAAGUAUCAUGAAUAGU